AUCACCGUUACAUUGUGUAAGGGAUGUCGGGAUUCAGGGACCUGACCUCCAUAGUUUUAUUCCUAAGAACGCCUAUUAUUACUGACUAACCUAAUACUCACCACUCGAAAUCAACUAGCCUACCUUAUUGACUGCGUUCGACUCUCUCUCUCCUGUUACGCUCAUUCUGCUCAAUUUCUCGAAUUUGUUUAUCAUGGCCACCGUGGUUUUCAUAAGUGGUGUGAGCCGCGGCAUAGGGAACGGCUUUGCCAAGGCUUAUCUUUCAAGGCCGAAACACAUCGUCAUUGGCAGCAUUCGCAAAAGUGCUUCUUCGGCCUCAGGCGUUGAGGAACUGAAGAAUUUUCCCGCUGCCGAUGGGUCCAAGUUGCUGCUGGUUACGAUUGAAAGUACCUCACCAACCGACCCAGAGCAGGCUUUGCAGGUGGUGAAGUCUGAGGGAGUCGAGCACUUGGACAUUGUCAUCGCCAAUGCAGGUGGGAGCCCACUUCCAACCACGCCACUCGACAGAGUUACUGCCGAAGAGAUGACGACUGUGUAUCAGGUCAACGCUGUAGGCCCUCUCAUGCUAUUCCAAGCAUGUCGUCCCCUGCUGCAGAAGGCUUCGAAGCCGAAAUGGGUGUCUAUCUCAACGGGAGGCGGCUCUAUCACUCUUAUGGGGAAAAUUCGGUCUUGGGAUGGCACCUCCUAUGCUGCAGCGAAAGCUGCUUUAAAUUGGCUUACCCGCGCAAUCCAUUUCACGAAUGAAUGGCUCGUCGCCGUGGCGCUCAACCCAGGAUUGGUCCAAACCGAUCAAGGCAAUUGGUGUGCCAAGGAAUGGGGAUUGGAGAAAGCUACAUAUACCAUCGAGGAGAGCGUGGAGGGUAUGAUGAAAGUGAUCGAUGGGGCGACCCGAGAUGAAGCGUCUGGUGAGUUCUUCAACUUGAAGAAUGAGAAGCUUCCUUGGUAAAUGUCUGUGUAUAUACUGCGGUGUUUCGCACUGUACUAGGCACC